UCGGAAUAUACGGAGUGACAAGUGUGUUGUUUUUCUUUUCUUCUUUGCCAGCUUUUGUUUGCGCUUUGGACGAUCGUUUUCCAUACCUAUUAAAUAUUCAGUUUGCAGUCGGUUGUCUGCAGAGCCGACUUGGCGACACGCCGAACCCGCGAUAUCGAUAGGAAUAUUAAAUGAAUAUGUAUAACGCUUUGGUUCGCACCAUUAAAGAUUUUCGGUUUAGCGAAUAAGGAUGACUCAGUCUUCGGUGAGAUUUCGUUGGAAGCAGUAGAGCUUCGAUUUUUCUGGCUUGCGAUCGCGCGCGUGUUUUAUGCCAGAUGUGACAGUGAAAAUUAGCUCAAUUGUCAUAUGGGCCUGAAUUUGGAAUUAAUCUCGCUAUCAUAUUCAGUGCUGUGAUUUAUUCGUCUAGACGAACUGAUUACCAGGUCGGCGUAAUCGUGUACCUGAAGAUUAAAUAGCUCGUCAUUUCUGUAGGACACGGCGGGCACACCCUCUGAAAUACCAACCAGCAUUUGUAGACGAUCGACGCGUAAUAGACACUUGCUUUGUGCACUGCCGAGCGUGGCGCAAAAUAUCAACGUCACUCCGGAUCAGACAUGAAGAAAUCGAAACAAGUCCUGCUACUGUGGCCGCUGCUACUACUACUGCCUCCCUUGCUAAUGGGUGCGAACGUUGACGGAGCCGUUUUCCAGAGUGAAAGCUGCAACUCGGAAGCGCUGGUCUUCUAUCGCAUCCGGCUGGUGACCAACUGGAGCAAGGAGCUGUUCCCGAAGCACUACCCGGAAUUUCGACCACCCCCGCAGUGGAGUAUGACCUACGGACAAUCGCACAAUGCGUCGUUUCACCUGUUUCAAUUGAAUGAACUUGCUUCCGAGUCGGUGAAGACGUUUGCCGAAACUGGUCAUGCCCACGCUCUCGAGGAGGAACUGACAAAUAGCAACGCUGCUCUGUACGAUGAAUUUCAUCUGCAUAAAAUUUUGAAAGGUCAGGGAGCUUCAGAAGGAACGUUUUUUGUCGAUGGGCGGCACAGUAAAGUUUCCUUCAUCACCAAAGUUAUUCCCUCGCCGGAUUGGUUUAUUGGAUUGGAUUCCUUUAACCUUUGCUCGUCCGGAAGGUGGAUCGAUAACAUCACCAUUGAUUUGAGCCCCAUAGACGCGGGAACUAGCAACGGGUUAACGUUUACCUCACCGAAAUGGCCAACGAAUCCGCCGAGUGCGAUCGAAACCAUUACAGCCCGGUACCCCAAACACCUAGCCAGCAGCUUUUUCUAUCCUGAAAUAAGGCAUCUUCCCCCCAUUGCGCACGUUACAUUCUCUAAGCUUCGCGAGUAUCGUAAUGCAAAAACCCCUAGUAAAGUGAAAAAGUUCAAAUCUAAGCAACGUUCCAAGCUGCUGAAGAAGCUAGCGCAAGCUAAUCGAAGGCUGGAGAAUGAAACCACGGCGGACGAGCAGCCGGUCGAUGAUUGUCGCGUUAGCAGCUGGUCCCGGUGGAGCCCUUGUAGCAAGUCCUGUGGACUUGGAAAGCGUACCCGCACCCGGGUGGUAGUGAGCCCUCCAAAAGAUCAGGGCAAAGAGUGCCCGCAAUUGAUGCAAACCCAAUGGUGUGGAUCGGCCCGCGAGUGUACCGUUAGCGAGAACUAUUUUCGCUGGUGAUGAAUGUUAAAAUGAAUGAAAAAAACAUAAGACUUUGUUGAGAUGAGUGGUGAUUUGAAGUGUGUUAUGAGAAAUGUAUUUUCCGAUUAAAACCGUGUGCAGAUUGUGUGUUUAUGUACAGACUUCCAUCGGAAUUGUCGAAAAGAGCUUUGAGAAGUUUCAUA